CAAACACAAGUUCUCAACUUGAAAUUGAGCUGAAAUUAAAUAACAUAACCUAUCAAAUUUAUAUUCAUUUAUAAUUAUUGUUAGAUUACAACAACAGUAUAAGUAUAUGGUGUUUGUGCAAAGCCAUGUUAAUUUUUCAGUAACAUUCAUAGGUGCAUUAUUAUAACUAAAAAUGGCAUUUGUAAGACGUUUUACACCCUUAUUAGCUAAAACUUUUUUGAAUAUUCCUAUCAAUACACAGGGUCGGAGGAUACAUCGUUGGGUAUCACCAACCUUAAUAGAAUUAAAAUAUCGUGAAAAAAAGCAAGGCGGAAAAGUAAUAAACCCCAGAAACACAUUCUUAGAAUGGAAUUUAGAAGCCGAACUAUACGCGUUUGGAAAGCGUCUCAAUGAAGAUUUUGAUUCGGAUCUUUUACUUCAAGCUUUUACAGAUCGCUCCUAUGUAAUUAAAGAGGAAAUGAAGCAAAAAGAGAUGGAAUUUGAUUUAAAAAUGAAAGAUAACAGAGAGUUGGUUAAAGAAGGUGAAAAAUUUAUGGAAGAAUAUAUUAAACUUUACUUGGAAGCAGUUUUACCUAAGUUUCCAGUGGAAGGCAUAGUUGGUAUAAAAAAUCAUCUCAUGAGUGAGAGUGUCCUUGCCAAUAUAUCCUUGCACCUCGGCACAAAAGACAUCAUAUUAGCUGCUGAUUAUCCUGUUGAACAUCAAAUACUAGCAAAUACAUUCAAAGCUCUAGUUGGAGCCUUAUUACAAUCAUCAGGUGAUGAACAAACUGGACAUUUUGUAAGGGAUUUUGUGAUCACACAGUUACAAGGUCAAGAUAUUAACGAUUACUGGCACAUUGAAGAUCCUUGGACAAUGCUGACUGAUUUGAUAUCUAAAACGGGCAGUGAAUUAGAACCCAGGCUGAUUGGUGAAGUUGGAAAGAAUACCUUACUUGCCUGUUAUAGAGUUGGUCUUUAUUUGGAUAAGAAAAUGUUAUCUUCAGGCUUUGGUGAAACAGUAGCAACAGCAAAAGAAAUGGCUGCAAGGGAAGCUUUGAAAAAGAUUUUCGCCACGGAAGAAAAUAUGUAUCCAAUAAAUUUCAAAUUAAAUGGAAUACCAAAAUCAACAUCAGAUUUAAGAUACAAAAUAUCUGCAAAUUGAUUUAAGCCAAAUAGUGUACGUAGAAUAAGGUAAUAAUAAUAAAAAUCAUAACAUAA